UGUCUGCCAGAACGCGUAUCGCAUUGCCAACAUAUACGGCACUGCGCAAUGGCGAGAUCCACGUUUUGGAUUCUCGUGGCCACCACCAUCGUCGCCAUCUCGAUCGCUAGCGAUCCAGUGGGUGCUGAUACCCGUCAAAAGCGUCAAUUAUUUGCCCCAGCAAGUGCCGAGUGUGUCAUCACCGAGGCGGAAGUGCAACAGAUCGUGGAACUAACCCGGUACAUCGAUGGCAACCGUCGAUCGAAGCCGACAGCGUCUCGUAAACGUCCAGGCCCCAUUUCGGAAGAGUGCGACCGGACGUUGGGUGAACUGAAGAACACGCUGCAGGAUGUGAUGGCACGGUACGAUACGCUGCACCAGGAGGCACUCGAGGUGACCCGGUACGAACAGCUGAAGGCCCAACAGGAAUCGGUGCUCGCCGAGAUGGUACGCCGGGUGGACAAUCUGAAGCGUGAGGCUGAGCAGCGGUACAAGGCGGAGGUCGAAAGGCUGCGGAACAGUUUGCAGCGAUUGCAGCGCCGUUUGGCCGAGAACUUGCGGCUGCUGGAGGAGGAACGGUUGCUCGCGCACCAAACAAGACGUAAGCUGUGCGUCUCGUACAUCCAGGGUGGUAAGGUGGAGGAAGCGGCCAGUGUUUUCCGCAUGCUGAACGGGAGCUACAGUGUCGUGGAGGUGCUGAAUGAUACGUAUCGGGGCGAUGCCGCCGUGGUGGUGCCUUUGGUGCUCUUCUACAAGGCGUUGCGUGAUGAUGCCCAAGCUUUCCGUACGAUCGAUGCCCUGGAGGAGUUUUACCGGCAGCUCGAGCACAACAAUCAGCUCAAUCGGCUGCACUGCCGGGAGCUGUUCUUCUCGAUGAGCACGCUGGAUGCGCAAUACACGGAUCCGGGCGAUGUGGCCCGGGUACGGGCACUGUUCGAAACGGUUACGCUCCGGUUGCGGGAGCUGACCAGGAACAAGGAUUAGUGGGCGCAGGUUUGGCAGUUGAAGGAAGGAUGCAACCGGAGAGAUGAAAAUUGUAAUUCGAUCGUUGAAUUGUGUAGUGCAGCAUCACGAACCAUGAUUAUUCUAUGUUACCAGCAUUUUAUUGCAUCACAAGUUGUAAUAAAGUGAUUUUCUGUACGC